AUGUUCUUCUUUGCUGUUUUUGCUUCAAUCAUCUCAACAUCUUUCGCUUGUUCGGAUCUAGUGAAUUAUGCGACAGGAGUAUCUGAUUGUUCCCGUCGUGCUUAUCUUUGUAAUCAAGCUGCCUAUUAUUCCUUGAUGACUACACAAUGUCCAGUUACUUGUGGAAGAUGUUACAGUAAUUCAACAUCCUAUUCUACUUCUACAUCUUGUGUUGAUUUGACAAAUCCAUAUACUGGAGUAUCUGAUUGUCCAAGUAGAGCAUAUUUGUGUAACCAAGCAAAUUACUAUUCAUUAAUGACAACUCAAUGCCCAAGAACAUGUGGAAGAUGUUCAUCAACGGUCACUGGUGAGUGAAAUUUCUCAAAAUCGUAAAUUACGAAACGUCUUGAUAAGUCAAAAAGUUAUUUGAAAAACAUAGACAUAUGUAAUUGUACAAAACACGUUGUGUUUUUGAGAAUUUGUUUAUGUAAUUAGCAUUUUUGGUAUACGAAAAGUUAAUUUCACAUUUUUGGUUAUUGAACACUGGUUUUUUAUAAUUUUUUCCAGUAACUUAUUCCUCAUCUUCAUCCUGUACUGACAGAACAAACCCAUAUACUGGAGUAUCAGAUUGUUCAAGCCGUGCCUAUCUCUGUAAUAAUUCCUUAUAUUAUUCAUUAAUGACAACACAAUGUCCAGCAACAUGUGGAAGAUGUUCAACAGCUUCAACUUCAUCAACAACAACUUCAACAUCUACAACUUGUGCUGAUCUUACAAAUCCAUCAACUGGUAUUUCCGAUUGUCCAAAUCGUGUUGCCUAUUGUACAAAUGCUAUCUACCUUUCAUUAAUGCAAGUUCAAUGUAGAAAAACUUGCGGAUCCUGCAGAUAA